GCAGUAGAUCCAACAUGGAGGACGGUGGAGUUGUAGUGGAGAGAGCGCCGGAGGAUGUUCCUGCCGUGCUCAGCUCACGGCCCCAUACCGCCCUGUCCUUCCUGGCUCCAGAACCUGAAGACCUGGAGGAUCUGUACAGCAGAUAUAAGAAGCUGCAGCAGGAGCUGGAGUUUUUGGAGGUGCAGGAGGAGUACAUCAAAGAUGAGCAGAAGAACCUGAAGAAGGAGUUCCUCCACGCUCAGGAGGAGGUGAAGAGGAUCCAGAGCAUCCCCCUGGUCAUCGGCCAGUUCCUGGAGGCCGUGGAUCAGAACACGGCCAUCGUGGGCUCCACCACAGGUUCGAACUACUACGUGCGGAUCCUGAGCACCAUCGACAGGGAGCUGCUGAAGCCCAACGCCUCGGUGGCCCUGCACAAACACAGUAACGCCCUGGUGGACGUCCUUCCCCCGGAGGCCGACAGCAGCAUCAUGAUGCUCACCUCAGAUCAGAAGCCGGACGUGAUGUACGCCGACAUCGGUGGGAUGGACAUCCAGAAGCAGGAGGUGCGGGAGGCCGUGGAGCUGCCCCUCACACACUUCGAGCUCUAUAAACAGAUUGGCAUCGACCCGCCCAGAGGGGUUCUGAUGUACGGACCGCCCGGCUGUGGAAAGACCAUGCUGGCUAAAGCCGUCGCUCACCACACCACAGCGGCGUUUAUCCGAGUGGUGGGCUCCGAGUUUGUUCAGAAGUAUCUGGGCGAGGGGCCGCGGAUGGUACGGGACGUGUUCCGACUGGCUAAGGAGAACGCCCCGGCCAUCAUCUUCAUCGACGAGAUCGACGCCAUCGCCACCAAGCGCUUCGAUGCACAGACCGGAGCUGAUCGAGAGGUGCAGCGGAUCCUCCUGGAGCUGCUGAACCAGAUGGACGGAUUCGACCAGAACGUGAACGUGAAGGUGAUCAUGGCCACUAACCGAGCCGACACUCUUGACCCGGCUCUCCUGCGCCCGGGACGUCUGGACCGUAAGAUCGAGUUUCCUAUGCCGGACCGGAGACAGAAACGUCUGAUCUUCUCCACCAUCACCAGCAGUAUGAACCUGUCCGAGGAGGUGGACCUGGAGGACUAUGUCGCACGGCCGGACAAGAUCUCAGGAGCAGAUAUCAACUCCAUCUGUCAGGAGGCGGGCAUGCUGGCGGUGCGAGAGAACCGCUAUAUCGUCCUGGCUAAGGAUUUCGAGAAGGCCUACAAGACGGUCAUCAAGAAGGACGAGCAGGAACACGAGUUCUACAAGUAGAUCUUCAGCCCCGCCCUGAUUUAUUACUUUUCGGGCUUUAUUUGUACGUGUGGCGUCGACGUCUUCGCGUCUGUACUCGAACCUGCUGGGUUUAUCAGUACAGGAAUAUAAACACACACACACACACACACACCACAUAAUACACACUUCAAAGAGAUCCAAUAAAAUGUUUUUCAUAAAGAUAAUAUAAAUACACUCUCAUUUCUGUAUUUUCAACUUGUUCAUGUCCUUAUUAUUAAUGGAAACUGUUAGUAAUUGUCUUUGUGCCGGAGCUCCGUCUCGUUUUUAUAGUUUUGUGUGCGUUUCCUUCAAGCCGCCAGCAGGUGGCGCACAAAGUUCAUACAACAAUUCAAUUUCUGUGCGUUUUGCCGUCGCUUUAUCCUGGUCAGGGUUGCAGUGCGGACCCUCACAGGUGGUCUGGAUUGUGGGAGGAAACCGGAUCACCCGGAGGAAACCCACACAGACACGUGACACGGAAAGAACUCGGGCUGCCUGGCAGGGGAAUCGAACCCAGGACCUUCUCGCUACCUCGUUCCGAUUCUGGAGAAGCGCCACUGUGACCUUGAUCAGGAUAAAGCGCCGGUAAAACAUGAAUAUGUAAGAAUGCUUAACGUCUGCCUCGUGCAUAACAUCCAUGCUGACCAAGGAGAGCCACAGACUAGCACACGCUCCAUCCUGGGUGCAGCACCAGCACACACAUGCGUUGUUUAUUUCUAUUUCUUAUGAUAGGGGUUAUUAAUUAUUCUUUUUUUUUUAUUCCCACUUAUACCAAUAAACAUGAUCCUCCAAAGGUACAAAUAAUAUCUAGUAGUUUAUAAUUAAUAAUAAAAUCUUGCUCAUGUUUA